UUUUUCACUUCUACACUCCUGUUUGACUUUUCGCAAGCUCAGAAUGGGAAAGAUGAGUCUCUCCUCCUACAUAUUAAUACUGACUUUUUCUUUGUUUUCUCAAGGUAUUUCACUUUCGGCUUCCAAGUCCAUAAGAAACUUAGAAGAUGACAUGGUCUUUAAUACAUUUAGGAUGGGAAAAGCCUUUCAGAAAGAAGAUACUGCAGAAAGAUCAGUCGUUGCUCCUUCCCUGGAACAAUAUAAAACCGAUGACAACAGUUUCACGAAUGACGACGAAAACAAAAACUCGAAGAACACAGGCUCCAAACAUAAUUUCAUAAAUCAUGGUCUGCCACUGAACCUGGCUAUCAAACCUUAUCUUGCACUGAAAGGAUCAGUAGCUUUUCCAGCUGAGAAUGGAGUUCAGAAUACUGAAUUAACACAAGAAAAGAGAGAAAUUGGGGAUGAAGAAAACUCAGCUAAAUUUCCAAUAGGAAGGAGAGAUUUUGACAUGCUCAGGUGUAUGCUGGGAAGAGUCUACCGACCUUGUUGGCAAGUCUGAUGCCUGUUGGUCCACAUCAUCUUUUCAGAAGAUAAAAAACAAUUAAUUGCAACUGGAGAGAAAAGCCCUUAAUGUUAAUAUAACUUGUUUAUUAUUCUAAAUGUCUGUUGUAAAGGAAACUAGUAUUAAGAUAUGUCAUGACCUAAAUGAUAUGCUUUGUUUUGUGCAUUAAACUUUGUGAAAAUUCUGCA